AUGGUCAAAUCACAGAAUAUUUGCUAUAAAUGUGAUUGUACUAUCAGCGAGGAAUAUUCAGACGUCCGAGCAGUGCGCAAGGUGCAACCAGUGUGCAACGAAGGUAGUUUCAAAUGGUAUAAUGUUUACGGAGGAGCUCUCCGUAUUAACUUUAAACCAAUUUUCCGUGGUGAUUUUCUGCUGUGUUUCAUUUUGAAUGCAGAAAAUGUAAGAGUUCAGAUUUCACAAGAACUUCCAAACGAGUCUACAUACAGUGUUAACUAUGAACGACCAGCUGGCUUAAAGCGACUUCUAGCAGCAGACGGCAGAACUAACGAGACAUGUUUAAUGUCCUCUGAUGAAAGCAUUCGUUUAUUUCUAGAACCGGAAAGAACUGUAGAGUCUACUGGGUUUAGUUUUGUUGACAUACAAUUCAUAAUGGAAAGAAACAAUGCAGAACUUGUGUAUAACACAAAAGAAGAAUGUAGACCAUGUACAGACGAGGAACUUGUAGAAGCAUACUGUUCCCAUUCAGAUGUCGUGAUUGUAGGCUCCAUGACGGACGUUAAGCAUGUACAAGAUCAAACACAUAUUUACAUUCAGAUUUCGAAAGUAAUCCGUAACAGGCAGCUUUUGAUAGAGGGGCAUAGAAGAAGAAUUGGACCAUAUAUUGAAGAAACAAUGGUAAGACAUAGACAGUGUGGUGUCGAACAUGGAUCAGGAUUAUUUUUAUUCACCGGAAAAUGGAGAUUAGGGCAACUCACACUGACUUGUUCUCCGUACUAUAGUGACUGGACCUUAGUAUCGAAACGAGCAGUAUUAGAAGGAAAGAUAGACUAUACAAAUGUAUGCUAGCAACUCUCGAGGCAAAUAUUUUAUACAGUUUUGUGCCUCGAAAGUAGCUAGCACACAAUUGUAUAGUCCAUCGUAAAAAUAGAAUAAAUCCGAAAUGCAGUCAUAAAAGAUAUUACAAAGGCUGCGUACUGGAUGUGUAGAAAGUGCUACCAAAAUAAUAGUACAUUUAAUUCUGAAUGUGUAUAAUUGCUUCCUUCAAUAAAUUAACAAAUAAUGUU